UUCCACUUGAAUCACUCUAAAGAGAGAGUCACACCAAACACUUGUGCCUUCACUUCACACUUCUUUGUCCUCUUCUUCCCCCUCUCUUCCCUUCUUCUUUCCUCAAAUUUCACUUAUAUCUCAGAUUCUCUCACCAGACACAAACUCCAGAUUCAUCCGACAAUGGAAACUUUCCGAACAUUCCAUCUUUUGCUCUUCCUCUUCUUCGCAUUCACUACUACUUCACUCACGUCACCAUCUCAGAUCGUAGACUGUACAAUGUGCACUUCUUGCGACAACCCUUGUCAACCUAACCCUUCUUCUCCUCCUCCUCCUCCUCCGUCAAAUCCAUCUCCGCCGCCUCCAUCCCCCACUACCACUGCCUGUCCUCCACCUCCUAGCUCCAGCGGUGGUGGUGGUCCAUACUACUACUACCCACCUCCUUCUCAAUCUGGCUCUUACCGUCCACCACCAUCUUCCUCAGGCGGUGGCUACGUCUAUCCACCUCCUAAAAGCGGAGGAAACUACCCUUUCACUCCUCCUCCGAACCCUAUCGUUCCCUACUUCCCGUUUUACUACUACAACCCUCCGCCGCAACCUAUCAUGUCCGGAUCCGAUGCAAGAAACGGAUUCGCUUACGGAUUCAUCACUUUUGUCUUAAUCUUAUCUUACUUUCUGUUAUAAUAAAUUAUUUAAAGAAGAUCGAUGAUGAUAUGUAGAGGGAAGAAGUAGCUUUAUAUAUUAUAUAUAUUAACCCUAUACAGGUUAAUUUGUCACAAAUAUUUUUCCUCAGAUCCUUUGCAGAGAAGAGAAGACUUAUUAUGCAUGAGAGAGAUAGAGAGAUCUUCACACUACAACGUAUUGAAACGAUGAAAUUAUUGUUUCUUCUGUAUUUUUACUACUAGUUUUUUUUUUUUGCUUUGCACAAGUAGAGAAAUAAUAAUAAUAAAUUUGUACUACCUUUUUAAUAUCUUUCAACAAAUUUUGUGUAUUAAUGAAUGGAUUAACUCUUUUUAAUAUUA